AUAAUAUCUCUCAGAGUUAAGAUCAAUCAUGAAGGUUCUCGUGGUUUUAGCCCUGGCUGUUUUUACUGGCUGCAAUGCCAAUGUUCUGUGGCAGGACCCAGCCAGGCUGGACUUGGUGAAAGAUGCAUUCUGGGACUAUGUUGCCAAGGCAACCCUCACUGCUGAAGACACCUUGCAGAAGAUCAAGCAGUCUGAGCUGGGCCAGGAGUUCAAUGCCAGGAUCACUGAGAGUGCUGCUGCUGUCAACCAGUACAGUGUGGCCCUGCAGGGUCAGGUGACCCCCCUGGCUCAGGACCUGCUGGCUAAACUCACCCAGGAGGCUGAGCUGCUGAAGGGCCGCCUGGAGCAGGACAUGACCACCAUGAGGGCCCAGCUGCAGCCCUACGCCGUGGAGCUGAGCACAGACAUCCAGAGGCAGGUGGAGGAGCUGAGGAAGGAGGUGGCAGCCUACGCAGAGGGAGUGGACUCUGAGACCCUGAAGGCCAGCCUGCUGCAGAAGAGCGACGAGCUGAAGGGGAGCCUGGAGAAGAGCGUGACGGAGCUGCAGUCUCUGCUGGUUCCCCAGACAGACGAGCUGAAGCUGAAGAUGGAGCAGAACCUGGAGGCCUUCCAGCAGAGCAUCGCUCCUCUGACCCAGAGCUUCCAGACCCAGCUGGCCCAGAAGACCCAGGAGAUCCAGCAGAGUCUGGCCCCCUACGGAGAGCAGUUGAAGAAGCUGGAGGUCAACGCCCAGGACCUGAAGGCCCAGCUGGCCUCGCUCUGGGAGUCCUUCACCAAGGGCAGCCAGUAAACACAGUUGCUGGAACUGGACACUUGAGUUAUCAUUUCCAGUUUUUCAUCAUACUCUAAAAUGCUGCUGUUGGAAUGAGGAUGCCAUUGUAGAGUUAAAAAGUGCAAUAUUACACAUUUAAUGUAUGCAUUACAUUAUCUAGUGUACCUGGACAAGUGGUUAAGAACCAUAACUUCUUAUCCACAUCCUCCCAUACAAGAUAUAUCAAAUGAAACUGCUGUCCUUUACCCACACCUCAACUCUUUUGAUAAACUCAUCUGAACCUAUCCAGUAUUUAUGUGCAUAAAUAAACAUAUUUCAACGCUAA